AAUUUGACAAUUCUAUGAUAUGUCUUUUCAUAUUUCAUAAAAUUACCUGGUAAUGUCACGUGGUCUCUUUUGAUCACGCAUGCGCCCUUCCCUCGCUGACAAGGUGGAAAGGUCCUGCUCUCUCUCUCCUUGGUUAGUACUUCCCUAAGACAUCUCAUCAGCCAUGCCUAAGGUUGGAAUCAACGGGUUUGGUCGUAUUGGCCGUCUGGUGCUGCGGUCUGCCGUUGAGAAGGGCCAGGAGGUGGUCGCCAUUAACGACCCUUUCAUCCAGCUGGACUACAUGGUGUACAUGUUCAAGUAUGACUCCACCCAUGGCAAGUUCAAGGGCGAGGUGUCUGCUGAUGCUGACUCCUCUUCGCUGGUUGUCAACGGGAAGAAAAUCAAGGUCUUCAAUGAGAUGAACCCAGCUAACAUCAAAUGGGCGGAAGCAGGUGCUGAGUACAUCGUUGAGUCUACUGGUGUCUUUACCACCAUUGCCAAGGCAAAGGCUCACCUUGAUGCGGGAGCGAAGAAGGUCAUCAUCUCAGCUCCCUCUGCUGAUGCGCCGAUGUUCGUCAUGGGUGUCAACCAGGAAAAGUACGAGAAGAGCAUGGACAUUGUCAGCAAUGCUUCCUGCACCACCAACUGCUUGGCCCCACUGGCCAAGGUCAUCAACGAUGAAUUUGGCAUCGAGGAGGGUCUCAUGACCACGGUACACGCCUACACCGCCACGCAGAAGACCGUGGACGGCCCAAGCGCGAAGGCCUGGCGUGACGGGCGCGGUGCCCACCAGAAUAUCAUCCCAGCAAGCACUGGGGCAGCCAAGGCUGUGGGCAAGGUCAUUCCUGAGCUGAACGGGAAGCUGACAGGCAUGGCGUUCCGUGUGCCGGUCCCUGAUGUGUCCGUGGUCGACCUGACCUGCCGACUGAAGAAAGGAGCUUCCUAUGAUGAGAUCAAGGCUGUGGUGAAGAAGGCAUCUGAGGGCCCACUGAAGGGAUAUCUGGGAUACACGGAUGAGGAUGUUGUCUCAGCUGACUUCAUUGGGGAUGGGCGCUCCAGUAUCUUUGAUGCCAAGGCUGGCAUCGCUCUGACAAAUAAUUUUGUCAAGCUGGUCACAUGGUAUGACAAUGAAUACGGCUACAGCUUCCGUGUUGUCGACCUCAUCCAGUACAUGGCCAGCAAGGAAUAGGUCACAACUGUCUUACGUGCAGCACAUGGACAACAGCCACCUAAUGACAUAAAAGAAUUGUGUAACUAGUGACGUUAAUUUCAUCCGAUGAAGACAUUGCUUGCAGAUAAUUUAGGCCAACAUAGAUAUAUGUUAAGGCCAUAGUAUUAAGAGAAUGCAAAGUUAUUAUCUGUUCUUGUAGACUUGUGUGAAGAAACUGUGACUUGUAUAGCUAAAAGCAACAGAAUAUCUGGGUAUGGGAUUUUGUAGGAAGAACUUUAAAUGAACGUUCAGUCUGAGACUGUUUAAGGUGAAGUGCUUUGGUGAAGUUUGCAGUGCUGCAAUGACAUUUCUGUGGCUGAUUCAUUAAAGAUACCAUUUGUGUCUGUCA